CUUCAGUCUUGAGGAGGGCCUUAAGACUUCAUGCCAUUCAAAACAGGUAUGAGUUCUACUACUUGCAUAAUGACAGUAAAAGGAUUACAGUUCAGUGUAGAUAUAGAUGUGGCUGUGAGUUCAAUAGCUACACUUGUAGAAUGCCUGCUUGUACAUGUGUGGGGGGGGUAAAGUGUCAGUUCAAGGUGUUUGCAUCAAAACUUGUUAAGCAGCAAACUUGGCAAAUCAAAACCUUGAAUUUAGACCAUUCCUGCUUCAGAGUAAAGAAGAACAAGAUGCUUACUGCUGAAUACAUAGCAGAGAGGUAUUUAGAAGAGUUUAGGAGUAACCCUGGUUGGAGAAUUAAGGAGAUUAGGGCUAGGAUUUUGAAUGAUUUAGGAGUUGAUGUGAGUUACUAUAAGGCAUGGCUAGCUAGGUGUAGGGCAAAACUACUGAUAUUUGGUUCAGCUAGGGAGCAGUAUGCUAGGGUGUGGGAUUAUGGGAAAGCUGUGAUGAAGUACAACCCUGGUUCAGGGUGCAAUGUUGUUGUUGAUGGUAUUGACAGGCCAGAGCCACCAUUGUUCAUGAGGAUGUUCAUCUGUUUAAGGCCAUUGAGAGAUGGAUUUGCAAAGGGUUGUAGGCCUUUAAUAGGGUUGGAUGGUUGUCACCUCAAGGGUGCCUUUCCUGGGCAAAUUCUGGUGGCAGUUGCUAAGGAUGGGAAUAACAACUUGUUUCCUCUAGCUUGGGCCACAGUGGAGAUUGAAAACCAGGAAACUUGGGGUUGGUUCUUGGAAUCCCUUAUGUCAAUGUUCACACAUGAUCAAGGAGCUGGGCUGACCAUCAUGUCUGACAGGCAAAAGGGUUUGAUUAAAGCAAUGGCUGAUGUUAUUCCCAAAGCUGAGCAAAGGUUUUGUGUGAGGCAUAUUUGGGCUAACUUCAAGCUCAACUUCACUGGAUCAACCUUUAAGGAGCUGUUUUGGAGAGCAGCUAGGGCCACCACCAUUUUUGAGCAUGAAAUUGCCAUGGAGUCUAUCAAAUUCCUCGAUGAAGAGGCAUAUGAGUAUUUAAUCAACAUUCCUCCCCACCAUUGGUCUAGACAUGCAUUCACACCAAACUGCAAGUCCAACAUGUUGUUGAACAACAUGUGUGAGACUUUCAAUGCAGUCAUUAGGCCUGCCAGAGAUAAACCUAUCCUCACCCAAAUGGAAUGGAUGAGGAGGUAUAUUAUGAACAGGAAUAAUGAAAAGUGGGAGGAUUCAAAAACAAUUACACACAACUUAGUGCCAUAUGUGAGGCAUGUUCUGGGGAGGAUAGACUUUGUGGCUAGGUCCUGUGUGGUGCAGCCAUCCAGAGGGAAUACAUUUGAGGUGCAGCUGAAGGAUGACCAGGUGUUGGUUGAUUUGGACAAGGAGACCUGCACAUGUUACCAUUGGGAACUCACUGGCAUUCCAUGUGUUCAUGCUUAUGCCUGCAUAUUGGAUAUGAGGGGUGACAUAGAGGCUGUUGUUGACCCAUACUAUACCAUGGACACAUACAGGUCUGCUUAUGAACCAGCUGUCCAACCAAUGCCUGGCCCAAAGCACUGGGAGACAGUCAGAAUGAGGGAACCACUACCCCCUUCUGUUAAGGUGCAACCUGGGAGACCAAAGAGCAAAAAAAGGAAGCUUGAGCCAGGAGAAUGUUCUUCUUCAGGUGGUCAGGCAAGUACCAAGAGGAAGAAGCAAUGCAGCAACUGUGGGGGAUAUAGGCAUUAUGCCAAGACUUGCAAAGUACCUGCUGCACCAGCUACAGAGCUGAUAAAGUCAGCAGGCAGACCCCCACUGAACACUCCUUGGAUGGUGGAGGAGAGGAAGAAGAAAGAGAUUAGGGCUGCUAAAAAGAGUGCAAUUGGGGCUGGACCAAACAGCAUAGGAAACAAAAAGUUUCCUCAAGAGCAAGAAGGUUGUCUGCCAUUCAGCAAGCGCCCACAGCCACAGUCUUCCUCAGCUAAGCAUUCCUCAGCUCAGCCAUCCUCUAGUCAGCCAUCCUCAGCUCAGCCUUCCUCAAGUCAGCCUGCCUCAAGCCAACCAAAAAGAAAGACAAGGUCUUCCUCAAGUCAGCCUACAACAGCCACAGGUGUUGUAACAAGGGCCAGGCUGCAAUCCCUCAACAACCUUACUCAGUGAUGUACUCAUGCUGGAUAUCAAACAUUAUGUCUGUUGAACAAUUUCAAACUUUUAUUAUGUACUCAUGACUGGUUAUGUAACUUGCUAGUUUUUUAGUGGCUUCCCUUAACAAAUUUGAACAAUUAGAUAUUGAAUUGUAAUGGUUGCAUGGCUUUGAUUGCCAUUGAAACAUGUUGAAGUAA